CCUCUCCUGAUCUGUUGUCGAUUGUAUUGGGAAGAGACAGAGAUUCACAAGUAAAUUCUCCCCUCAAUUUGCAGUCCAGUCCAGUCCAGUCCAGUCCUGUUGUUGUCGAAGCUGGAGGGUUCGAACUUGCAAUCCCCGACCUCGCUUCUCUGUUAGCAUCAAGGUACCAUUCUUCUUCCUCUGUGACACCCAAGAAGCACUCGGAGGACGGAAAGCUGCCUUCAACGGUGUACUCCUCUAGCCACUCCUUGGCCCUUCAGACUUUGACCCUUGACCCCGCCUGGAAUCCUGCAAAGAAGCACGCCAGAACGACUUGGGUGCCCGGGCAAAGCUUAUUGCGGGGUUCCUCUCGGCCAUCCCUUGGCCACCUGGCAAUAUUUCCAUCCUGACGCCCGUUGGCCAGUGUUUCUUUCCUGUCCUCGAGGUCGAACGGACAAGGUCAAGCCAGACAUUCCCAUCCUGCCACCCUCGCGAUCCGGCUCUGGAGAAUGGACUUUGGUCCACGGUCUCAUGGCUGCAUCACAUGCGGUCGCUGGUGAGUGGACAUUACAUCCUCGUUGAAGCAUUGCCAGAUGGUCCCAAUCUCCCUGGCGACUUUCUUGUCCUUGUGUCGUCGUACCCUUGGUGUGGAUGCGACAGGGAAACAUGAUGGAAUCAAUCUGCUGACCCUCUUUUAACGCUGCAACGCCUGCUGACCACGUGAUGCCCUCGCAGAUAUAAACGUGGUGGCAUGUGAGUCUUGUCGAACCAAGAAAUGUCGGUGCGAUCGCCGUUUGCCGGUGUGCAGCCAGUGUAUUUCUGGUGGCAUUCAAUGCAACUACCCCGAGAGUAACAAGAGGGGAUUUCCUCCAGGAUAUAUCGCCGCGCUUGAACGUCGAUUGCUAGAGACGGAGCUAGCCUUGUUCGAUGCGCUGAAAGACCUUCACCUGAUGCAUGUGUCGUCGCAUGAAGACCCCACCAGUGAAGAUGACCUUGUGGCGCGAGAGCAACAGGCCAACCUCAAGAUCAACAAAUCCUUGACCAAACACAGUGCCAACCAGUCCAAAACGGACAAGGUGGCGGAGUGGGAGACUUUACCCUUGAUUUCCAGAGAGCAUCACUUCGAAUGGUGGAAGGAUCGGCUUGCCAUGGCUGGGCCCCCGGGUGAGGCCUUGCUGCAGCGGUUGAACAACAUCCACAGUCCACAGUCGGUCGCGGCAAUGGCUUUCUUUGCCGGGAUUGGUGGUCCUAGCGGAAGCAGCAAUGCCCGACGAUUUCCUUACCUGGCCGGCGAAGGCUCACAUCAUUCUCAGGGAGGAUCAUAUCGAUCACCGAGUGGUUCAAACGAUGGAUCGAUGACCGAAACCACCAUGUUGAUGAUGCCUCCACCCCCUCGCCCUUCCAUGGUUAGCUGGGCAUCUGGCCAGUCGUCUGAAUCAACAGGAUAUUCCAGUAUGCAGACGUCACCUCAGGCACAGCACCCGUCGCCGAGCGAAAGUGUGACUGCCAACCAGCUGCCGGCGCCGUAUGCGUGGCCGGAAUCCAUGGCUCAGCAACAGUCUGAAAUGAACAUGGCCAUGCCUCAGAGUGGAGGGGGUGGAACGGCAGAUUCAUCCAUGACGGCGCAUGCCUCGAGCUCCAAUAGCAGUGCACAAAGAUUAUCGUCGAGUCAAUGGCGAAAGUUCUUCUGAGCGACUACAAGAGAAAGAGCUGUGAAGAAACUCGAAACUCGAAACGAGAAACGAUGGAAAGGCUGAGCCAGCCAUAUCUCUGCCUUGUCCAGCCUCCUAUUGAGCGCUCCCCUUUUACACCUCACCCAGGACAGUCACUGCAACUCGCAAGUCCCGUGACAAAAAUAACAAGGACGACAUAUAUUUUACAAUGGCAGAAUUCUUCCCAAGACCAGCACCACGAGAAGUGUUACACUGCAAGACCUGUCUACUUCGAAGACGGGUGCUUGGUCGAGUGGUCUGGAGGGGGGCCAUGUCAGGAUAGUUGGCUGGUCGUAACCACAAUUACGACAGGUCUUCCUUCUAUCUCGUAAAUCCCAGGUAAUGUAGUUCCCUCCUGGGAGGGAUCGAAAAAAUGACUGGUUUCAAUCCGGGUUGGGGGGGUUGUUCAAAUCUUUUUGACUUUUUGUCAGGAAUUUGGUCGAUUUUUGUGGUGGUGAGAAGAUUUUUGAUAUCUCAGGGCACGUGUCUGCCUGAACGUGACGACGUGGCGACGUGACGACGCGAGCACGCGAGGGCAAUGCGUGGCUGGGAGGGACGGUAGUAACAAGGUCUGCAGUGGUCGAAAGCUGCACGGCAAGAAUAAAGAAGACAAGGAAAAAGAAGACCUUGAUUCGAAUGGCUUACCACCUAGCCUCAAUCAAUGACAAUAUCUUCCAUCUCUUCCAGUCGACAAUAACAAUGACAAUCGUCACCAUCACUCUCUGGUAUCCUCCUCAGUCUGAAGCAUCUGCGCGGAGCCACGGUUCGAUCUCCUCAUCAGCAUUGGAACGAUAUAGCCAUGCCAUAUCAUCAAACCCCUGAGUGGUGUCUGCAUCCUUUGCCUUGCCUUGCUGAAUCAGAAGGUCACGGUCUGCUUGAGGGGCUCGUUGCACAUUGGUCACAUUCGUUGCCCAGUUGAAUACGGCAUCGAUCCGAUCCUGACGAAGCCUCUGCCAAAAUCCUAGUGUCCGUAUCAAAUUCCGCGGUUGUGCCUUUAGAAGCCUUGACAAGGUAUCCACGUCCUCAAGAGUCUGACUGACUCCCUGGCCCGAACUCGGUGGCAGAGCAUGUGCGGCGUCUCCCAAUAUCACCACCCGACCCUUUUCCGAAGCCCACCUGUCCAGCCGUGCCAUGCGUAGAAACGGCCACAGAUACAUGGUGUCUGGACUUCGACACACGGCGUCGAUGACAUGGCGCCCAGUCGGACCCCAAUC